CGCGGCUGUCGUUCCGGCCCCUGCUCCCCUUGUUGAGUCUCGCCCCGCUUGCCGCUAGCAUUCCGCACUCGACACGAGGGCGAAGCGCACGCCCGAUUCAUCGAUAAUCGCGACCGACGCGCCGCGCGCCCGCGGCAAACUCAACCGCCAUGUUUGACGUUUUCGGCUCAGUGAAGGGCCUACUCAAGCUCGACUCGGUCUGUAUUGACAACAAUGUGUUCCGUCUGCACUACAAGGCCACCGUGAUCAUCCUGAUCGCGUUCUCGCUUCUUGUCACCUCGCGACAAUACAUCGGAGACCCUAUCGACUGCAUCGUAGAUGAGAUCCCGUACGCCGUCAUGGACACCUACUGCUGGAUCUACUCCACAUUCACCAUUCCGAACCGGCUCGUUGGACGCGUUGGCAAAGAUGUGGCGCAGCCCGGCGUUGCCUCACAUGUUGAUGGAGAGGACGAGGUGAAAUAUCACAAAUACUAUCAGUGGGUGUGCUUUGUGCUGUUCUUCCAAGCUAUCCUCUUUUAUGUGCCCCGUUAUCUAUGGAAAACAUGGGAGGGUGGACGUGUUAAAAUGCUCGUGCUAGAUUUAAAUUGUCCCGUAGUCGGCGAAGAGUGCAAAGCGGACCGAAAGAAGCUACUCGUCGACUACUUUCACACUAACCUCCAUACGCAAAACUUUUAUGCAUUCCGUUUCUUCAUCUGCGAGGUACUGAACUUUAUAAAUGUUGUGGGACAAAUAUACUUCAUGGACUUUUUCCUCGAUGGAGAGUUCUCAACGUACGGCCGUGAUGUCGUACGUUUUACUGAGAUGGAACCAGAAGAGAGAGAAGAUCCAAUGGCUCGAGUGUUUCCUAAAGUGACUAAAUGUACCUUCCACAAAUAUGGUCCUUCGGGAACUGUGCAAAGGUUCGACGGAUUGUGUGUAUUGCCUCUGAAUAUCGUAAACGAGAAGAUCUACGUGUUCCUGUGGUUCUGGUUCAUAAUCCUAUCAAUUCUUAGCGGCAUAUCUUUGAUUUACCGAGCGGCCGUCGUUGCUGGCCCGCGUGUGCGUCUCUACCUGUUACGUGCUCGCAGCCGCCUCGCUUCACAGGAUCAAGUGGAAGCUGUGGCUCGAAAAUUACAAAUCGGAGACUGGUUCGUGCUUUACCAGCUCGGGAAGAACAUUGACCCUCUAAUUUACAAGGAACUGAUGGGUGAUUUAGCGAAGAAGUUCGAAGGAAAGGAUACAGUAUAGUAGGCGCGUGUGGACAGUAGGUAGUUGUGACGUGUGAGUGCUAGGGCGAACCGCGCGGGCGCAGUGCGGCAACGUCGUGCGCCCGCCUCGGCGCCGCUACCUGCCGCGCCGCGCCCGCGCACAAAGAGCGCCGGGAGCGGCCGUGCACCGACAUUCCAUUGCCUACACCCGACGCGGGGAACGACCUCCGGCGGGCCAGUCAUUGUAUUCCAGAACCGCUUUAAAACUCUUUAUACUGCUGGUAUGAAAAAAUGUUAGUUGGCAUCGUCUCCAAGAUGACUUCGACUGAUGCGUGUCACCGCGCGCGUGCAUUUAGGGUAACAUUUUAGGGCAUGUUUGCGAUAGUCGUAGAUAAUAGAUAGAUCUCGUGCCUUCGUUUUGUAAUUUGUAUUGUUCGUGUGCGAGUGAAUAGCGUGGAAGGGACGUCUCAUUGUGAUAUGUAAUUAUUAUUAUAUCUAAAUUAAGUGUUUAUCGUGUACGAUUGAUCGAGUGGACGACGGCUGGCUUAUUCCUAAGUUUUAGAUAGUUAUCUAAUGUAAUUUCUUUGUUAUCGAAUGUUAUACUCGAUACGAUAUUGUAUAAAGCAAUAAUGAACUAUUAGUAUUAAGAGAUCAAUUAUUGGAAUUGGUUAGCGACAAUACCGUAAUUUUUAAUAAUUAAAUACACGUGUCUAUACUUUUUAUACUGACGAAAUCGAGUCGAUUAUGGUUGAUAUUUUCUAAAUAUAUUUACUGCCACAUUA